CACUUGUCAGCAGUAUUCCGGCUCUCGAUCGCUUCAUACAGUAUUCUUUGCAAACGGAUGCAGUACCGUAUGAGGCAACAAUUACCGUCUAUUAUCUCCCCGCUCGCAAAUCACACAGCUAAAGUUUGUCGAUCAACGCAAAUCAUCAACCACCAACUCCGUAUCCAGCCAGAACUUGGUUUCAACUUGAUACAUAGAGUACACAAUGCAACAUCAUCAGUCCAUCGCAAUGCAGCAUGGCAUGACCCGUGCGUUUGAAACCCCCAAAUGCAACGGCACUUCUCUCCUGACAUUGUACACGUUACGUGUUUUUCAUCUAUCCGAGUACUACGGCAGACGGAGACAGUCGAGCCAUGGACCGCUCCAGAGUCGAGUCGAGAAGCCGUCUCUCGCAGCCGCCAUGAUAUAAUGUCGUUCCCUUUGAUUCCCGAAAUAGGCUUUCAAAAAUUAAAAUGGCGGUUUCACCUUGUCUGCGGCCCCCCUCUCGCCACUGCCACUGGGCAACAUGACAGCUCGUCCCGCGUACAAACGCACCGCUUCCAUUGGCUUCAUCACUGCAAUAAGCUGAUGGUGGCGCCAUCCUCUGCUGCCGACAAGCAUCAAUCCGCAGCCUGGAAGCGUUGGACCCCUCGCCUCGCCUCGCCUCGCACUGUCGCGAAACAGAAAUGGCAUUCCCUGCAAAAGGUGAGAGCAAGGGUCGGUGCUAAAGGCUGGGCCGCCCGGGGUCCCUCUUCCUCGUCAUGCAAGAUUAUCUCUGCCUAUGAGAUUCCGACCCAAGGAUGCACUAGCACCUCUUAGCCAGCGACUUGUCAAAAAGCCAAUCUGCGGGGAAUGCAACGAAUGACCCUUUUAACCUUUGGCGUCUUAGCACACUUGCUGAGUCGAGGCGGAGCACGUGGCCUUAUGUGAUAAGAGAUGAUGGAGCUUUGCUCGAAACUCUGAUUCUUGAUUAUGAGGACGUUGGCUGUUGACUAUUUGACUAU